UUCAGUUGUUAGGUCGCCAUGCUUUGUUUAGAUUUUUAUUGCGAAAAAUGCUCAUUGCGUCGGUUUUAACGAAGUUAUUUCGUCUAAGGUUAUAGAUUUUGCGUUUCAGUGCUGUGCAUUUAUUUAAAUUUUUUUAUGAAUGUUAACAAAACCAAAGACAUGAACCGUAGAAUUCUCGCGAUUCAAGCCAAGAAAAAACGGCACAAACCCGAGAAGAAGAAGCUAAGGCCCCAGAAUCAACAAUGUGGAAAUUCUGUGAUUAAAGGUAACAAUAAAGACAAGCCCUCAUUACAAAUCAAGUGCGAAGCAGAUAACUCUUCCUCAAAUGAAACUUUGAAAGCAGAAGAAGACGAAAUGUAUGGCUCUGAUGAGGAGGAGCAAGAGGAUGCAUCAGACUAUUGUAAAGGUGGCUAUCAUCCUGUCAAAAUCGGUGAUCUAUUUCAAAAUAGAUACCAUGUCACAAGAAAAUUGGGAUGGGGUCAUUUCUCUACUGUCUGGCUGUGUUGGGAUCUCAUCGGUAAACAAUUCGUGGCUUUAAAAGUGGUGAAAAGUGCGGUCCAUUUUGCUGAAACUGCUCUAGAUGAAAUUAAACUAUUGAGGUGUGUUCGUGAGACUGAUGCCAACGAUCCAAAGCGUAACAAAGUUGUUCAGCUUCUAAAUGAUUUUAAAAUUAGUGGUGUUAACGGCUCUCAUAUGUGCAUGGUUUUUGAAGUUUUAGGACAUAAUUUGUUGAAACUCAUUAUCAAAAGUAAUUAUAAUGGCAUUCCUCUCCAAAAUGUCAAGUGCAUUAUUAGGCAAGUACUGGAAGGACUAGAUUACUUACACACUAAAUGCAAAAUUAUCCACACUGAUAUCAAGCCUGAAAAUGUUCUGCUGUGUGUUGAUGAGAACUACAUCAAGAAGUUAGCUUUUGAAGCAACUCUGUUGCACUCUGCUGGUCUUAAGUUACCCACAUCUCUAAUUAGUACAGACCCCAAUCAGUUUAAAGAACCAGUCACAACAGAUGGAAAAAUAUCCAAGAACAAGAAGAAGAAGCUAAGGCGGAAAGCCAAACGUCAGUUUGAAUUGCUGAAAAAGCAGAUGGCUCAAAUAGAUGAAGUUGAAAAGAGUAAACAAAAUGUCCCAGUUGAAGUAAACGAGCCUGAAGAAGUUGAAGAAGAGAACAAACCCUCUGCAAUGGAAGAGACAGAAUCUAUCGAAUCCCCUCAUUCUGGAAAUGUAGUGGAUGAGCAAAUGCUAGUCGAUAAAUUAGUUGACUCUUUAAACACUUUAGUUGAUAGUAGUGAAAGCCCAUCGCCAGCUGACGCAAAUAUGAUGGAUGCUGCUCAGGCCACUGUUGUAGAAACUGACACUGUCUCGGUGAAUAAUGGCAAUGCACCAAAUGAAGAUGUGGAAAGUGUGACUAUCAAUAAUGGAAAUGCACCAAAUGAAGAUGUAGAAGAAACAAAAAAUGAAGAAGUACCCACAUCUACUGAUUUUAGAUUGCAGAAUGCAGAUUUUACAAAAAAGUACAGUGGAGAUGAAGUCAAUCCUGCACGAUUCGUGUGCGAGAUGGAUGUCAAGAUCGCUGACCUUGGCAAUGCUUGCUGGGUUGAUCAUCACUUUUCAGAAGAUAUUCAAACACGCCAGUAUCGCUGCUUGGAAGUUCUUCUCGGUGCUGGCUAUGGCACAUCAGCAGAUAUUUGGAGUGUUGCUUGUAUGGCGUUUGAACUGGCCACAGGUGAUUAUCUCUUUGAGCCACAUUCUGGUGAAAAUUACACACGCGAUGAAGAUCACUUAGCGCAUAUAAUUGAACUCUUAGGACCAAUUCCACGUUAUAUAAUUGACCGAGGUCAGUAUUCUUCGCAGUUCUUCAAUCGUCAUUAUCAGUUAAAACAUAUCACUGAUCUGAAGCCAUGGAGCCUCUACAGCGUGUUGAUGGAAAAAUAUCAUUGGUCUCAUGAAGAAGCCAAGCUGUUUUCAGAGUUUCUGGAGCCUAUGUUGGAAUAUGACCCUGAUAAACGCGCAUCUGCAAGUGAAUGUCUCAAGCACGAGUGGCUUAAAUACUGAUUUUUUCCCAAAUAGGUAUUCUUUUAAAUUUUACUUAGCCGUAGCUGCGUGUUCUUUUCCUCUUUUGUGUAUUCUUCCUCAUUUGUCACAGCAAAGUAGUGCCCUAAAUUUUAACUCAGUUUUCACCCUACGACUUCAAAAGUUUGAGUCAACUUAAUCAUUUCCUUGCUUAUCCUAUUCCAUUUUAUUUUUCAUUACUCUUGUAUCAUUAUGUUCUCUUUUUAGUCUUCAAAUUAACAACUGGACCUAGCUUUUUUUCCUGUUAAAAUUUUUACAUAAUUGGGCUUUUCUCUCGUCAAUCAGUAUCUUAUGACUGUUCCAUAACCUUAGGUUUUUAAACCCUACAGCUCUUGAAAGGUUUGAUUUUCCUAUUUGGUCUCUCUAUUUUGCUCCAGUCCAUCAAAGUAGCUAAUAUGUUCUUUUACAAAGCUGACGGAUUUUUCAGCGAAUCUGAAUUAGAUUUCUGAAGCUGCAUAACAUUAGACAAGAGACUUGCAUCUUUUAUGUAUGAACAAAUUUACUCGAGUUUCCAGAAUCAAUCAUGAUCCAUCAGCCUCAUUGAACAAGGUUGGCUUUCUCUUUGCGCAAGCGCAGUUGUGAUAGUAGAUUAAAAAGAAAAGAAUCAAUCUUUGUAGGUAUUUGUAAAUUUUUUCUUUUUAUAAUUUUACUCUUUAAUUUUUGCUUUGGAAGUUAGUGUAGACAAAUCACAAGAAUAAUUGAUGAGUACGUAUCAUGUAAGAAAAUGUGUGGAGCACAUUGAUAUAGGUUGAAUGGAGCUAAUGCUUUCUGGAUAAAUCUCUGCACUAAAAUUCUGACAUUUAAAACAGCACAAGUUCAGCUUUAUGUUUUCUUUUUUCUUGGCGGCAAAAGUUGUUGGUUUGAGUUUUAUAUGAUAUGAUUACUGUCUUGUUGAUGUGAAGUAGAACGGCUAAGCACUAAGUUUCUAUCUUACCUGCCUUUGUUCACAAGCAGAAAGAGAGAAAACAUUAAGCCUAAAAUUUCAGCUCUGACAAUGAAUUGGACUUCUGUCUCACAAUGUCUGUCAUUUCUCAAGUUCAAGAUGGUCUUGUUCAAUCCAAGUCAUUACUCUGCAUUAUUUGUCAGAUUUUUUUUCUGAUGUCAAAACAAUGUAUUGAGCUAACUAGUGAGAGUGGGAUAUUCCAUAAAGAAAAAUAGAUGCAAAAUGAGGUCAAGUGAUGUAAAUUUGUCAUUUAAUUAUUUGUUGUUUUAUCCUCUCAACGAUUGUCACGAUUGACGAUAACAUUGAGCCCGGUGAUCCUAGUCAAUGAAAUAAGAAUAUUUCGCUUCAAUUUUUUAACAAAACUCAAUGAACCACUAGACAGGCUAAGAAAUUAAGCACCACCGCAUAUAUUUUCUCAUUAAACCGAAAGGCGAACUUGUAGAACAUAUUGAAAACAUCCAAAAGGAACUCAUAAGUGAGAAAUAACCAUUCCUACUUUAUGUUUUAAACAGAAAAUUCUCAUUUUCCCCAUCAACUUCUUAGCAGUGGCAUGUUUUUAAAACUAUUCCUUUUUUUUCUACCAUAGAAUGAGCUUUAAACAGAUACUUUUAAAUUUUCUGGUUUUUUCUUGAAAGUUUUAACUGAGCGAAAGGAAAGAAAAUAAAUCAAUAUAUCUAAUGACAUUUUUGAAGUGGAAAAGGGAUAUAGAUGGCUCAUUGCCAUAAGUAAGUGAUCUGUUUCAUAUAUAUUAAAAAGUAUCCCUUUAAAUUUUACUCCUGCCAGUUCCUAAAGUCAACUUUGUCAAUCGUAGAUAAUGUUUCUGCAUGGCUUUUUCUAAAAAUGUUUUUUCCAGCAGCACAGCUUCGUAUUCUGCAUUCAACUCUGAGUGUAAGGGUUCCAAAACCAUUAUUGGGCCCUAAAUUACAAAAAAAUGCAAGAUUUUUUCUUUUGGGGAUGAGAAGUCCUGCAGGUUGAUAAUAGUAUUUCUAUCUUUAUUUUUCCAGACGCGGUCUAAAAAUAUUUAAAUGAAACAAGAAACGCAUGAAAUGCUUUGUUUCUGAUUUAAAGUUCAGACAAAUUGUUUUCUAUGCGAGACAACUGAUCUCUCAUUUUUCCAAAACUGAAUUUGAUGUCUGUAAGUACCUAAUUAAUUUCAGGAAAAACUUGAUGUUUAAAAAAAUGACAGUGGUUAUCCUCAUAUUGAACAAGAAGCAGGUAGAAAUUUUGAAUGCUGUACCUAAUGACCUAGUCUUAUAUUCAUGAUUUUUCUAAUUUUACAAACAUAUUUCAUUAAAUGUCUCAUCACACUGUAUCCUGCAAGUAUUACAUCGUGGAGAUAGAACUUAAGAUCUGUUUUUUGCCAUUUCAUUAGAAAUUGGAUAACAAAAUUCCUAAGGGGCUGGUAUCCUUGGGUCCGUGUAGCCUGUAACCGCUGCAGCUAAAAAGGAACUCCUCCAAGCUCACAUCUUAAAAAAGAUGUAUUUCAGCAAAAACAAAAUAUCCUGGAAGUAGACAUCUUCAGCUUUCUGUCGGUAUAUCAUACCUAAAAAAACUAUUUUAUGUAUGAUUUUACAGCGAUGUCAUACGUUCGGGUAAGUUUUGCUGAUAGGCAUAAGGAAAAUUGCUCAGCAGCCACUACAUUGUGAAAUUUGACUCAUACUUAAGUAGACCAGACCUCGAGAUGUCUCGUCAAAUUUUGGUGUAGUUCAAAGCCACACAUGACAGCCUUGACAUGCAGAAAGUUGUUCUGCCUGAAUACUUCAGUCCAAAGUUCUCUCAAAAUCAUGAAGUCUAAGUCUUCUCAUCGCAUCUUGUUUCAAAGAAGGAGAAAAAUGUCACACACAUGUUCCACUCUUUGCGAUCACAACUUUUUGGCACUAACUUUCAAUUUAGAAAGCUACUAACAUCCUUAUUUUCGACACCAUUUUCAGUUAAUCACUGAAUUUGACUAAUGAUGGGUGCAAAACCUUUGAUGAUUAAAAAUUCCUUUACCGAUCUUUUUUCUUUCUUUUAAACAAGAAAAACAAUUAAGUAUGUCCUCUGAUAUUGCCAUAACUUGGAGCUGAAUGUUUCAGUCAAAACAGCUUUUGAGCAUGGUUAAAGUUAGUCUUUUUAUGUAUGAGCUCCUACAAAAUAUGACAAGGUAUUUCUAAACCUGUUGCCUGUGCAAAACUUCCGAGUGAAGUAUCUUUUCUUGCAAUCUAUCAGCAAAACGCAAUAACAUUUGACAACACCAUAAAGUCAUUUUUGAAGACCAGCAGACUGUUAGGACUCUUUUUAAGAAAAAAAUCCUAGUUUUUGCUCAGAUGCUUUGGAGGCAAUACCUUUCAGCUGCACCUCUUAAAGCUCUCUGCCAUGGAAGUUUUAAGUCAAUCGACUUCUUUUUGCCUGCACACAUCUAAUCUCAUUUUUUAAGUUCAUAAUCAACAAUAUACUUAACUGACUAUAAAUAUUCUAAUAAAUCUAAAAGAAGAAAAGCAGUUUCCGCAGAUUCAAAUGCUCUAUCUGGAAUAUCAGUUAGUAAUUUUAUUUGCCUCAAAAAUUAGUAUAUGUAGGUACUCCUAUAGGAAUCUUUGUUCUAAAUCUAAGGUUUGUCGAAAAGCCGUGUUCCAUUCCAGGCUCGUCGUCAAUUAAUGUUUCAACUUUUUCCAUCGGCCUGCCAGGGAAUUUAAAUUGAAAAAUCUGCUUCUUUUCAGCCUCCUUUGAGUUGGUCCUUUAUUUCACAAAUAGGUACCUAGUGCAAUUUUUUUUUAACUUUCAGAAUACAAACCCCUUUUUAUGAUCGUCAACUUUUCAUACAGCCAUUAAUGUGUCAUAUCUGUCGGAUGAUUAUUACUACAUUGUGUGAAGCGAAAUUGAAGUUGGGAAAUAUGCACUCUCUUUUAUUAUUAUUUUUUUUAUUUCAUAAUUUCUUUUGUUUCUGCGGCCGUGGCAUCAAGAGCAAGUAAAUUGUAGCAGCCACCCUAAAUAACGAUCCAUUUCAAAGAUUUUUUUCUGCGUGCACUCAAAUGAAGUAAAUACCUAUUUGAUUUUAUUGAAACAAUUUGUCCCUCACGAAACAAACGGUUGCUUUUGAAUUUAUUUUAUUUUUAACUGUAAUCGUCAGUGUACUUUCGUUUGUAGAGAAUGGCUAGACUCUGUAAGAAUUUUUUAUUUCUAUCCUAAUUUUUUAUUAAUUGAUGUAUUGUACUCUCUCCUCAUUUUUUAUUUUUUUCUGUUCAAAGUGUUUCAAAUCUAUUAUAGUCUGUUAUUUCCUACAUGCCUUUUAAAAGUGCAAGUUUGAGGUUUCAAAAUGGAUCACAGAAUUUUAAUAUUAAACUAUUUUAAUUAAUAAUUGUACGGUUUUGUAAAAGGAUUUUGUUUACAGAUUUGUUUUUGUAUCACCAAUCGUAAUCCAUUCUUGUUUUAAUAAACGUCCAGUCAAGGAGAAUUACAUAGUCUAUUAUUAUUUUUCUUCUUCAUAGUCAUUCUUUAAGGUUUUGCCCAUUUUUUGCAAAUCGCAACCAGUUUUUUAGUUGGCCAACUCAAAUUUUAUCCAUCUCAUUCCAUGCAUUCUUAGGGUACCCAAGAAAAAAAUUAUUACAGAGCUACGUUAGGUAUAGUGAAUGUGUAACCAAUAAUUUUGCAAAGGUCUAGCUUAAAUGGUUUUAUUACUUGUAGGUAAUCCUCUUCGAUUUAUUUUAGAUAGGUAAAGAUUUCACUGUACUACAAUUUUAAAGUAGGUAAGCUGCUUUUUGUUGACAUAUAUUUCCAUUCUUACCUUCAAACUUCCUCAGAUUUUUCUAUUCUCAAUAUGGCUUCUCACCAUUAUUUCUCAUUCCUAACUCUAGUAGCAAAUAACUGAAUGAACUCUCCUAAAAACUUUUAAAAUUUACGAAGAAGGAAUCGAUUUUGUUUAAUCCAUGUACCUACCCACUUAGGCACCUAAAACUGAACUGAAUAGUUGAGAUCUUAUAUUUAAGUAAGUAGUAUGUGAAAAAUGUACCUGAGCUAAAACUAAAGUGGGCAUCAAUUUCCUGUUGAAUAUAAAAAAUUACCUACCUAUUCUUGUGUGUGAAACUAAAAGAUAAUUUUGCCAAAAACACACUGCUCUCAUAAAAUUAAGUAAAAUUUGUUUAAAAAGUUACUUCAAUAAUGAUAAAUCAACAAUAAAUUCAUGCAAAAAUCGCUCCUACUUUGUAUGUCUUAAGAUUUUAAGAGUGUUAAUUUAUUGGAAAAUGAUCAAACCUCACAGUAUGACUUAUUAUACAGCAUGCCUAAGUUACUUCUGUAUUUAGUAGGUGACGGAGAAAGCCUCCAUUUUUCUUCAGUUUCUAAAUGCUUAAUUUUAACUGGACAAAUUAACCACAAAUAUGAGAGAUGGAACUCUUAAAUUUAUUAGUGUCUGCACCUUGUUGAAGAAGUGUAACGAUUUUGGCUUAUGUCUCACUUGAAGAAAUCAUUCAUGAGCCAGCUUUAUCUAUUUGUACCUAACUCUAAUGCAAAUCUUGCGAUUUGGUUGAGGCAGAGUUCUAAUGCGAAAAUGUCAGACAGAUUUCCCAUCCAAAACAUGUCAAAAAAUAAUAUUUUUUGCUAUUUCUAUGGUGCAAGGUAUUAAUAACUUAGGUACAUUCUGAGAGUGAGCUGCAUCCAAGAUGUCAUGCCUGAAGUGCUAGUACCAUCUUUUAUUUUCAGCCACAAGUAACUUAAACCUGUUCACACAAGCAAACUCUGGUUUAAAUACUCUGACUAACCUCCGGCAACUCAAAGAGUAGCCUCUUUUUACGUUUAUCAAACCAGCUUCAGUUAAGCUGAAGCAUGGUAUUUUAACAGCAUGUCCACGAUUCACUAAAAUUCGAUGGCUGAUGCUCAGAUCCAAUUUACCUGUGUAGAAAAUGCAAUUCGUCAUCUCCAUCUUUUUUCCUAUGUCCAUACGUACAUGUGACAAUACGAUUUUUGACCAUAUUAGGUAAUCUAAAUUAGACAAGGACAAAAAUUUCAUUUUUAUCUUAACGUCACGGGAACACUUAGUCACAAAAAUAAAAGACUAGCAAUUCGCUUAAUGUUUGACCUACUAUUAAAUUCUGACGUUACGUGCAGCAGGAUUGCUAGUAUUGUCGGAAUCAAUGUACACCAAUCAUUUUGACACUUUUUAUACCUAAUAAUUUUUUAUUACCUCUCUUGAUUCAGUCUUACUUAAAAGGAUUGCUGCUGAUAGUACUCCUCAUUUUUUAUUCAAUGUAAAAUACGUAUUUUACUUUCCUUCACUGUAAACAAUCAUUGUUUAUGAUCCAAUCUUAAAAUAAUAAAGGACUGUGAAACCACCA